AUGACUGCUUCAAAAAAUUCUAAUAUGGAUUUACCACCAGAAUAUAUUUCUGCUGCUAACGAUUUGCGUUCUGAUACUUUUACUACUCCUACUGAAGCUAUGAUUAAAGCUGCUUUGAACGCUUCUGUUGGUGAUGCUGUUUACGGUGAAGAUGUAGAUACUGCUAGAUUGGAACAAACCGUCGCUAGACUAGCUGGUAAAGAAGCUGGUUUAUUCUGUGUCUCUGGUACUAUGUCUAACCAAAUCGCAUUAAGAACUCAUUUAUAUCAACCACCUUACUCCAUCCUAUGUGACUACAGAGCUCAUGUUUAUACUCAUGAAUCUGCUGGUCUUGCUAUUUUGUCUCAAGCUAUGGUUGUUCCAGUCAUUCCAUCCAAUGGUAACUAUUUGACUUUAGAGGAUAUCAAGAGUCACUACGUUCCUGAUGAUGGUGAUAUCCAUGGUGCUCCAACUAAAGUUCUUUCUCUAGAAAACACUUUACAUGGUAUUAUUUACCCUCUAGAAGAACUGGUCAGAAUCAAGGCUUGGUGUAUGGAAAAUGGGAUGAUAUUACAUUGUGAUGGUGCUAGAAUUUGGAAUGCUGUCGCUGAGUCUAAAGUUCCAUUGAAACAAUUCGGUGAAAUAUUUGAUUCAAUUUCUAUUUGUUUAUCUAAGUCCAUGGGUGCUCCAAUUGGUUCCAUCCUUGUUGGUAAUGCAAAAUUUAUUAGAAAGGCAAACCAUUUCAGAAAACAACAAGGUGGUGGUAUCAGACAAUCCGGUAUGAUCUCUCGUAUGGCUCUAGUUAACGUCGACAGUGAUUGGAAGGCCAAUAUAUUGAAAUCACAUGCUUUAGCUCAUGACCUUGCCGCUUUCUGUAAAGUUAAUGAUAUUCCAAUGGAGUCUCCAACUGAUACAAACUUUGUCUUCAUUGAUUUGAGAGCAGCUAAGAUGAAUCCAGAUGUCCUUGUCAAGAAAGGUCUGAAAUAUAAUGUCAAGCUGAUGGGUGGUAGAAUCUCUUUCCAUUACCAAGUCUCUACUGAAUCUCUAGCUAAUGUGAAACAAGCUUUACUAGAGGCCUUUGAGUACGCCCAGGAGCAUCCAUUCGAUCAAAAUGGUCCAACCCAGGUCUACCGUAGUGCAUCUACUGAAAUUGAUGUCCAUGGCAACGCUAUUCAGGACAUCAAGGGCUACAAAUACUAG